AGCCCCUCGGCGGUCACCGGCGGGGUUAGGCCGCCGCCUCAGCGCGCCGGGCGCGCCCGCCCCCUCCUCCCCGCCCCGCCGCCGCUCGGGCUCGGCCCCCGGCCACCAUGAGCGAUUCAGAGAGUCCCGAGGAGAUGGCAGCGGUGAAGGGAACGCCCGAGAGGGGCGAAGGAGAUGGCAGCAGUGACAGCAGCUCGCCGGCUGGGGAGGGCCAGGAGUCACAGCCGUCCCCGCUGGCUCUGCUGGCUGCCACCUGCAGCAGGAUUGAGUCUCCCAACGAGAACUCCAACAGUUCCCAGGGCCAGCAAGGAGGCAGCGGUGAGUUGGACCUGACGGCCGCCGCUGCCCAGAUCGCGCAGUCGGCCAACGGCUGGCAGAUCAUCUCCACCGGCUCCACCACGCCGACGCCCUCCAAGGAGCAGGGCAGCAAUGGCAGCAACGGAGAUCCCUCCAAAAGCCGUCCCGUGAGCACGGGGCCGUACGUGGUCACGGCUGCUUCCAACCUGCAGAACCAGCAGGUGCUCACGGGCCUGCCGGGCGUCAUCCCCAACAUCCAGUACCAGGUCAUUCCCCAGUUCCAGACCAUUGACGGGCAGCAGCUCCAGUUUGCCACCACCCCUGCCCAAGUCAACGUGCAGCAGGAUGCCUCUGGGCAGCUCCAGAUCAUCCCCGGCACGAACCAGCAGAUCAUCACGAGCCGAGCGGGGACGGGCAACCUCAUCGCCAUGCCCAACCUGCUGCAGCAGGCCGUCCCCAUCCAGGGGGUGGGCUUGGCCAACAACACCCUCUCAGGGCAAACCCAGUACGUGGCCAACGUCCCCGUGGCUCUCAACGGCAACAUCACCUUGCUGCCUGUCAACAGCGUGGCCGCCAGCCUGGCCCCCACCUCUCAGACCGUCACGCUGAGCGGCUCCGGCUCCCCGGACAGCAGCUCCCAGCCCACCACCUCAGGUGCUGCCAUCAGCUCGUCCAACAUCGCCACAUCCCACGCGAGUUCCGGCUCUUUUUUUACCAACGCCAACAGCUAUUCCACCACCACCACCACCAGUAACAUGGGCAUCAUGAAUUUUUCCAGCAGUUCCACAGUGGGGACAAACGUCCAAGUGCAGACGCCCCAGAGGGCCCCCAGCACGGACUCCCUGCAGAGCCAGGUCUCUGGGGUGGCUCUGCAGCCGGGGCAGCAGAAAGAGGGGGAUCAGAGCCAGCAGUCGCAGCAGCAGCAGCAGCAGAUCCUGAUCCAACCUCAGUUAGUCCAGGGGGGGCAAACGAUCCAAGCCCUGCAGACCGCCCCGCUGUCCGGCCAGACCUUCGCCACUCAAGCCAUCUCACAGGACGCCUUGCAGAACCUCCAGCUCCAGGCCGUGCCCAACUCCGGGCCCAUCAUCAUCCGAACGCCCACGGUGGGGCCGAACGGGCAGGUGAGCUGGCAGACCAUCCAGCUCCAGAACCUGCAGGUGCAGAACCCCCAGGCGCAGACAAUCACCUUGGCCCCCAUGCAGGGAGUGUCGCUGGGGCAGACGGGCAGCACCAGCACCACGCUCACCCCCAUCGCCUCCCUCCCCAGCGGCACGGUGACGGUCAACGCCGCCCAGCUCUCCUCUAUGCCAGGCCUCCAGACUAUUAACCUCAGUGCCUUGGGAGCGUCUGGGAUCCAAGUGCACCAGCUGCAAGGGCUGCCGCUGGCCAUCGCCAACGCUACCGGGGAGCAUGGCACCCAGCUGGGGCUGCACGGAGCCAGCGGGGACGGUCUGGGCGACGACAGCGCGGCGGUGGAGGAAGGGGAGACCAGCCCAGACCCACAGCCCCAGCAGGGGCGGAAGGUGCGGAGGGAAGCCUGCACCUGUCCCUACUGCAAGGACAGCGAGGGGAGGAGCUCUGGGGAUCCAGGUAAAAAAAAGCAGCACAUCUGCCACAUCCCGGGCUGCGGGAAGGUGUACGGCAAGACCUCCCACCUGCGGGCCCACCUGCGGUGGCACACGGGGGAGCGGCCCUUCAUCUGCGGAUGGAUGCUCUGCGGGAAGCGCUUCACCCGCUCCGAUGAGCUGCAGCGGCACAAGCGCACGCACACCGGGGAGAAGAAAUUCGCCUGCCCGGAGUGCCCCAAGCGCUUCAUGCGCAGCGACCACCUCUCCAAGCACAUCAAGACCCACCAGAACAAGAAGGGCGGCGCGGCCAACAGCGUGGCCAUGAACGUCUCCGCCGUCCCCAUGGACACGGGGGCUUCGUCGGAAGGCAGCGGCGGCCCCACGCCGUCGGCCCUCAUCGCCACCAACAUGGUGGCCAUGGAAGCCAUCUGCCCCGACGGCAUCGCCCGCCUGGCCAGCAGCGGCAUCAACGUCAUGCAGGUGGCCGACCUGCAGUCCAUCAACAUCAGCGGGAACGGCUUCUGAAGGCCCCGGGGGACGCAGUGGGGCAGCAACGGGGCGAGAGGAGCCGAAUCCCCACCCCCACCCCCCCACCGCCAUGGGGCGGCCGCAGCGCUGCACCGCCCGGGGGCACCCGGCCCCCCCCAGCGCGCCGCCGCACGAAGGCCAGAGCUUAUCUGUAUUUCUAAUUUCGGCUUCACCUCAUCAUUGUUGCCCCCCCCUUCCCCCCCCCCCCUCAGCCCCCCUCCCCCCCCCCCCCCCCCAGGUCCGCCCGCCCCCUCCGGAGCUGCAGCCUUCGAUGCCAUCAUGCCUUGGUGAGAAAAACCCGAAAGCAGAGAAGUGUCAGGAAUGCUAUCAUUGGGAUGCUUUUUAGCAAAACACAAACACACAAACACACACAAAAAAAAAACAAAACAAAACAAAAAAAAAAGCCAAAAAACACACACACAAAAAAAAAAAAAAAAGAGGGGAAAAAAAAAGAAAAAAAAAAAGAUUCUAUAUUAUUAUUAUAUAUAUAAAAAUACAAAAUGUGUUCGUUGGAGAGAGGAGAGGCUCCUCGAUGCCUUAUCUCAGUGCCCACCCGGGGGCGGUUCGGACCUUCGGUCGCAUUUGAUGCUGUUUGACACAGAGAGGGGGGGGGAAAGGAGCGCAGCCGACCCCAUCCUCGGCACCCUUUGCUUUUAGGGCCUUCCCUUUCUUUCUCAUUAUUCGGGUGAGGUUCUGCUUUCCCCUCCGCUUUGUGCUCUGAGCCCCCCCUACUCGCUGCCCCCCCCCCCUACCCGCCCCCCCCCCAAUGGAACUGCUGGGAUUUUCCCCCACGAGGCAGCAGAAAUGGGUGUCAGAAAUUGGGGAUGUUGGGGGAAAAGCUCCAUUUUCUCCCUAUUCCCCCCCAUGUCUGCCUCCCCCCCCUUCCCCCCCCCCCGAGGCCGUGCGGUCCCUUCCUCUCUUCCUCCCCCUCCUCCUCUUCCUGCUGCCAGACAAUAUCUGCCCUCCUCUCCCUGCUCUGGGCAGGAAGGAGCCGUGGGGGGGUCCGGGUGCAGUCCCCCCCCCCCCCUCCACAUCCCCAGAGCUGUGCUGUGGGGCUCAGCGCCCCCCCGGGGCUGCAUUGUGCCCAGAUUUGCACACAGUGGGGGCUUUGGGGGCUGCGUGGGUCCCCACUGCCCACACUGAGACCCCCCCUCUGAUUUCCAGAGGGAUUUUUGGUCUGGAUGAGGAUCAAACCCACCACGGGGGGGGGGGGGGGGCUCCCAUCGCCAUCCUUCCCUCCUGGGGGGGGGGGGGACCGCCCCACAUCACUGUGCUCUCUCAGAGCCCCACAUCCUAUGGACCCCCCCCCCUCCCCCCCCCGGGGCCAAACAGGAAUGCAGCCCAGCUGUGAACCGACCCCCUUUUGGUUCACAAACGGCGCUCUGCAGGGAGGGAGGAGCCGCCCCCCCCCCCCCCCCCCCCCCCCGCUCUCUCUCUCUCUCGAUAUAUAUUUUUGCAUUUGUAUAUUUUUAUAUAGGAAACUUUAAGCAUUUGUAUUUUAAUAAUCUGUGAAGCACUAUGAGGCCCCCCCCCGCCCCCCCCCCAGCGCCUCACAUCCGUCUCCUCUCCCUCCAUACUGGAAGCUAUAAGGACUGGGAAGAAAACGGGAUGUUAAUUUAAUGCCAAUUCAGUCCCCCCCCCCCCCCGACCCCCAAUAGUCCCAAAUGCUGCGGGGGGGCACCACGGCCACCAGGACCCCCCCCAAAAGGAACCAAGUGCCAACCCCCCCUCCCAGCCCUAUGUGGGCAUUGCUGUCAGGUUUUUGGGGUCCCCCCAUGGCACCACCCCAGUGUCACUGCCCCCCCCCCCCCCCCCCCCCCCAAUUACCCCUUUGUAAUUUGGGCUGAUUGAUUAAUUUUCUUAAUUUUCCUAUGGAAACGUGGCCGGUGGUGCAGAGAUGUGUGUGUGGGGGGGGGGGUCCGUUGCCCUCCCCGCUCUUUGGGGGGGGUUUGGGGGCGGUGACCCCACAGCUGUGGCACUUCCAGCGCUGGGGGGGACACCCGGACCCAUUUGUUCCCAUUUGGAUUCUGUGGCGCCCCAAUCCCAGCCCCGCUCUGUGCACCCCCAACCCCCCCCCCCCCCCCAAAAAUAAACAGCUCCUAUGACCACAGGGGGAGCAAAACGUGCCUUGAUCCGGGGGGGGGGGGGGGGGGGAACAGGGGGGCAGAGUUCACCUCCCCCCCCCCCACCUCCUCCAGGCUUCCAUACUGCCGGGGUUACGAUUUGGGGGGGGGGAAAUGGGGGUUUUGGGGGCCGCCCUCUGAGCUUUAAGCACUGCGGGGGGGUGGGGGGGGGUUGGGGGGGGCCGUGCCGGCAAUAAAUGCCCCCCCCCCCCCCCCCCACAUCGGCACUGCGCCCCUCUGCACGGCGGGGCGGUUCCCAACGCGGCGGUCGCCGCCCCCCAAAGCCGUCCUCCAGAAGUGCUAUUUUUUGUACCAACGGCCGAACCGCCGAUUUUUGGGGCUCCUUUGUAAAAAAAAAAAAGAAAAGAAAAAGAAAAGAAAAAGAAAAAUAAAGGAAACAAACAAAAAAAAAAACGACGACGGAAAAAAAAAAAAAAAAGAAAAAGGAAAAAAAAAAAAAAGAUGGGGGUGAAAAAGACUUCUUUUGUAAUAAAGUGCUGGCUUUGUCUGCAC